AGGCGAGGGGUCCGCCCCAAAGGAGCGGCGGGCAGGGUGUGGAGUUACUGGGCAGCGUGCCACGCGCGCUUGGAAGGAAGGAGGGAAGGAAGGAGGCGCCCGGCCAAGAAGGGGACGAACCGGGCUGGGGAGCCGCGCCUCCGCCGGCCGCGUCCGCCUUGCGCCUCGGCCAGCCUGCAGGGCGGCGUUCCGGCCUCGGAAACGCCGCCUUCUCCACCUCUUCUUCCUCCUCCUCCUCCUCCUGUUUGCACGGGAAGCGAGCGCGCCUUUCUCUGCGCCUUGCCGCCGCCUCCUCUCCAACGAUGCUGCCCCGCAGUCGCCUCCGGCCAGCCUGAGCGCCUUUGGCUCAGCUCGGCUCGGUGCUCCUGCAAGGGGAGCUGCUGCGGCUCGGCGCGAGGAGGAAGAGGAGGAGGAGGAGGCGAAGAAGAAGAAGGGGAAAGAAAAAGAAGGCUGCACGAUGCGGAAAAGAGGCAGCGCGCCGCCCCGCCGCCGGUGACCCCGGGCUCCGGGGCUGAGCGGAGGCUUGGGGCUGGGGGGAGGGGAGGGAAGGGAAGGGGGGCGGCCGGGCCGCUGCGGGUCCCUUCGCUCGCCAGGCCCGCAGCGCAGCGCUGCGCCGCCCCUUGCGCGCCCCUCGGCUCUCCCCGCCGCUGCGGCACUUCCAUCACCAUGCUGCGCCGCCAGCUGAACCGCUUCUUUGCUGGGGAAGAAAAGCGCGUUGGGACUCGGACUAUAGUGGUUGGCCACCACUUAGUUCCUCAUAUCGAAGCUUAUGUGCCCCAAAAGUUCUGCUCCAAUCAAAUUGUCUCCUCCAAGUACACAGUCUGGAAUUUUCUUCCCAAGAAUCUGUUUGAACAGUUCCGAAGAAUUGCCAAUUUCUACUUUCUUGUCAUAUUCCUUGUCCAGGUGAUCGUGGACACACCAACCAGCCCAGUGACGAGUGGCCUUCCUCUCUUCUUUGUGAUUACGAUUACAGCUAUUAAACAGGGAUAUGAGGACUGGCUGCGGCACCGAGCGGACAAGGAAGUCAACAAAAGUGUAGUCUUUGUGAUUGAAAAUGGAGAAAGUGUGAAGAAGGAGUGUGACAAGAUCAAGGUUGGCGACAUCGUAGAAGUGCCAGUAGACGAGACCUUUCCGUGUGACUUAAUUUUACUGGCCUCAAGCAACAAGGAAGGGACCUGCUACGUCACGACUGCCAGUCUAGAUGGAGAAUCGAAUCACAAGACUCACUAUGCUGUGCACGAUACAGCCAAGAUGAAUACAGUUGAAGCCAUGAACCGUUUGGUGGCCACGGUUGAGUGUGAACAACCCCAGCCAGAUUUGUACAGGUUUGUGGGCAGAAUUAACAUCUACACGGAUGAACCAGAACCAUUAGCCAGGCCGUUGGGUCCCGAGAACCUUUUGCUGAAAGGAGCCAAAUUGAAAAACACCCCAAAGGUUUACGGAGUCGCUGUCUAUACUGGGAUGGAAACCAAGAUGGCGUUGAACUACCAAGGGAAGACUCAGAAACGCUCUGCGGUUGAAAAGUCCAUCAAUAUAUUCCUGUUGUUCUACUUAUUCCUGCUGGUGAGCAAAGCUAUCAUAUGCACUACUUUGAAAUAUAUCUGGCAGAGUGUCCCAUAUCACGACGAACCCUGGUACAACCCCAAAACUCAAAGAGAGAGGGAAGCCUUCAAGCUGCUAAAGAUGUUCACUGAUUUCCUGUCCUUCAUGGUCCUCUUCAACUUCAUUAUCCCGGUCUCCAUGUAUGUGACUGUCGAGAUGCAGAAAUUUCUAGGCUCCUUCUUCAUUACCUGGGACAGAGAAAUGUACGAUGAAAAUAUCGACGAAGGCGCGUUGGUGAACACCUCUGACCUCAACGAAGAACUUGGACAGGUUGAGUAUGUGUUUUCGGAUAAAACGGGAACUUUAACGGAAAACACCAUGGAAUUCAUUGAGUGCAGCAUUGACGGCUACCGUUACUGCGGCUCCUUUUCACAAGUGGAUGGAAAGAAGUCUACAGGAAAAGCAGACAGGAAACAAGAAGAACUCUUCCUUCGAGCGUUGUGUCUCUGCCACACGGUUCAAGUCCAGCGAGAAGACGAAAUCGAUGCGGUAACUUUGCAGCCCGUAACGAAACGAAUCUAUGUUGCAGCUUCUCCAGAUGAAGUGGCUUUGCUACAGGGGGCUCAGAAGUAUGGUUUCACUUUUCUAGGACAAGAAAAUAACUUCAUGGCAGUAGAGAAUUCCCAAAAGCAGAUUGAGAGAUAUGAACUUCUGAAUGUCCUUGAUUUUGACUGCGUCCGUCGCCGGAUGAGCGUUAUCGUGAAGAUGCCGGAUGGAAGAAUAUUCCUGUUUUGCAAAGGAGCGGAUUCUUCCAUUUUCCCACGGGUCCCUGCCGCUGAAGCACAAAGGACAAGAGUCCAUGUGGAACAGAAUGCAGUGGAUGGGUACCGGACACUCUGUGUGGCCUGCAAAGAAAUAUCUUCCGCGGUCUACAAGGUUCUGGAGGCCCAGAUUAAGGAAGCCACCGUGGCCCUACACAACCGAGAAGCCAGGAUGGCCAAAGUCUUUGAUGAAAUUGAGAAGGACAUGCGUCUGAUUGGCUCCACCGCCGUAGAAGACAAACUCCAGGAGUUUGCAGCUGAAACCAUCGAGGCCCUCCACGCGGCAGGCAUGAAGAUCUGGGUGCUGACAGGAGACAAGCUGGAGACCGCCCAAGCCACCUGCUAUGCAAGUCGCCUCUUCCACACCAACACAGAGCUCCUGCUGCUGACCGCAAAAACGGUGGAGGAAGGCGACAGGAAAAUGGAGCAGCUUCACGAACUGCUGAUGGAUUACCACAAAAAGCUGGUGACCGACGCGCCCCAAGGGAAGAAAAACUGGGCAUCUAGUUCUGACUAUGGACUGGUCAUUGAAGGGGCUACCCUUUCCCUGAUCCUUAACCCUUCGCAAGAUUCCAACUUCUCCCAUUACAAGAACAUCUUCCUUCAGAUCUGCCUGAAGUGCACCGCCAUCUUGUGCUGCCGGAUGGCCCCGUUGCAAAAGGCUCAGAUCGUCCGCAUGGUGAAGAAUUCCAAAGGCAGUCCCAUCACGCUGUCUGUUGGAGAUGGUGCCAAUGACGUCAGCAUGAUUUUGGAAGCUCACGUGGGCAUCGGUAUCAAGGGAAAAGAGGGACGCCAAGCCGCCCGGAACAGCGACUAUGCCAUCCCCAAGUUUAAACACUUGAAAAGACUGCUCUUGGGUCACGGGCAUUUGUAUUAUGUCCGAAUAUCCCAUCUUGUACAGUAUUUCUUCUAUAAGAACCUUUGCUUCAUUUUCCCACAGUUUUUAUAUCAGUUUUUCUGUGGCUUUUCACAGCAGCCUCUCUAUGAUGCGGCUUACCUGACUAUGUUCAACAUCUGCUUCACCUCUCUGCCAAUCGUGGCCUACAGUCUCCUGGAACAGCAUGUCCCUAUUGAUGUAUUGUUGGCUUUCCCAAAGUUGUAUCUGAAUGUUUCUGACAACGCCAUGCUCCAGUUGAAGCCUUUCGUCUACUGGACCUUCCUGGGCCUUUUUGACGGUUGCGUCUUUUUUUUCGGUGCUUACUUUCUUUUUCAAUCUGCCUCGAUAGAGGACAACGGAAAGAUGGCAGGACUCUGGACGUUUGGGACAAUGGUUUUCACUGUCUUGGUCUUCACAGUCACACUAAAGCUGGCAUUAGACACUCGGUUCUGGACAUGGAUGAACCACUUUGUCAUCUGGGGCUCCUUGAUUUUCUAUGUCUUCUUCUCCUUCUUCUGGGGAGGCAUCAUUUGGCCUUUCUUGAAGCAUCAAAGGAUGCAUCAUGUUUUUGCCCAGCUGCUGUCCUUCGCCUCUUCCUGGCUGGCGAUUUUCUGCCUGAUCUUCAUCUCCCUCCUCCCCGAGGUCAUCGGCCUUGUAUUUCGACAUCUAAAAAGGAGAAGCAGCGAGCCCAUCCCUUCGGAGUUACCGAUGCUGGUGUCAUACAAGCAGCUAGAGAAUAGCCAUUCCGCAGAAGAGAAACCCCGAGAGACCCUCACUCACCUGGCUGAACGCCAUCUCAGGAUAUUUCAGAUGCAACAAUUAUAAUUCUGCUUUUUUUUGUUUUUGUUUGUGUGAUGCAAAGAGUUGCGGCCCGUCCUACCCAAAAGGAAGAUGAUGCCAUGUUAAAAAAAAAGAAAGAAAGAAAAGGGCGCAUGGGUUUGUUUUGCCUUUUUUUAAAAACCGGUGCAAAAUCUGAAAGAACUUGUGGUUGAUCUCUCCCUCCCUUCCCACCACCCCAUCCUCGUUAUCAUGCCAGCCCUGAGCACCCCAACUGGUCAUCGUGAUUGUGAAAAAUCGAGAGAGAUCUGGGACCUUUGAAACGAAAGACGCAGCUUCUGUUUUGCAAUGGGUUGUCGGGCGAGGAGGGAAAAAAAGGACAAUUUUCCAACUGUGGGCUUUUCCUUCUGAAACAGUAAAAAGAGCACAGAUUUUAAUUCUCACUUCGCGAGCGUCAAGCUGGACUACGUCUCUCAUCUAGCCUGCUUCCUUGCACCCACCCCGUGGCGUUUCCAUUCUUCGACCAACAAAAUUGGGUCAUGAAAUACUAUAUCUUCUUUUUUUUUCCCCUCCUCUUCCUAACCAACUCAGCGGUUCGAUUAAGGAAAUGGGGAUGGACGAGGAUGAUCAUUAAAGCCACUUUUUUAAAUACAAAAACACACACAGACACACAACGGGGGAAACUCGGAAGGCUGAUGAAAUGCACCGAAAGUUCUCCUCUUUUGAAAUGCAAUUCUUCCUCUGGCUUGAAGCUUUCACAUAAUCCAAAGUCAAGGUCCAUUUAAGAGUCAAAGUGCCUGGGCUUCAACCCUCUUUAUUUUUGGUUUUCUUUUCGCUGGACUAUCCUGGUUUUGUGGAAGAACUUUGUGGAUGUGGAACAUCAUGAGUGCAAGACUUGGCCAGUGGUGGAUGGCCAGUGGGCUUGUCAUCUUUUGUCAUGAAAAUUCUGUUCCCUUCUCAAACUAGCGGGAGAUUCCCAUAGGAGGUAAGGGAGACAUCUCCGUUGGGCCGUACUGGUUGAUUACCGCCAACCCUAAAAAAAAAAAAUUUACUAUUAUUUGUCUUGUGUCCAAAAGGGAAGAACUAAUACUUUAAGCAAUACAUUCUGGAUGUGGUAGGACAUUGCUUUGCAAAACAUCCGGGAUCGUCAGCUUCAACGUUUGGUCACCGUUUAGUGUGAAAACUAAAACAUUGACGGAGGUCAUAUUCUUAGAGGCACCCAAAUUUUUCUAAGACGUUUCUCAGAAGGAAAGAAUCAGGUGACUUAUCUGGUCACCCCGGUGAGACAAUAUGGGGGAUGAGAGUUGCGUUAGACCCAAAUAACCCUGGUUUUGUUUGGACCUCCCUGGUUUCAUCUUUUCAUUCCCCCUUAAACUCCGUUCAUUCAUCCCCCACUUAAUCUUUGGUUUAGAGUGUUCAUCUGUUCCCUGCAACCCAGUUUGGGCGGCUUAAUUGAGACCAACCUGGUCGAAUUUUCUCCAAGGCAUGCCACAUUUGAAGAAGCCAUCUCUACACAUCCUUUGAAGGUGUCCUGUAAAACCUUUUGGUGCACCUAAAACAACAACAACAACAUCCCUAUUUGCAUGAACCGAGCAGCAAAGCAUGUUUCCACGGCAAAUUUGGCAGAAUCCUUUGCAGCAUGGGGGAAAAAAAUCCAAGCCCUCCUCUUGAGAACCAUGGUGGCACGUGGAAUUUCCUCAAAAGCGUUUGAGCCAUGAUGGAGGAAGAUCUUAAGUUGGAUUUUGAAGGAGAGUCCAAGCUUGGAUGUGUAGUCGCAGUUCUUCCCCCAGCAAAGCAAGGCUGAGAAGAUACUCAAAAGUGUGUUGCUAGUAGGACACAGACAGAGGAAGGUCUGUGUAGCCCUGCAGAACAAGGGGUAUGUGAUAAAUUACUAUGAGUGUCUUUAACUCAGGUACUUAUUGUUAAGAUGGAGAGAAAAUGAACUUUAGAAACAAAACACACCCACCCACUAUCACCCAAGAGCAAACUCAUUUUCAGCGUGUUGACAAAUAAGCUGCAUUUUUUUUUCCAACCUUGCGAAAGGCUAUCAAGCUACCUGUUGUCUUAUUUUUAUCUUUAUUUUUUUGCAAAGGAAAAAUGGAGACCUGAAGCUGAGUACAAAUAGCUCUUUUAAAAAAAAGGAAAGAAAAGGAAAAAUGCUUGCAGGAUGUCAGCUAACCACAUUUUUUUUUCCAACUUAAAAAAAGAGAGAAAAAACUUGGUUGGUUUUCUUGAUGGUUUAUAUCAGGGGUCUCCAACCUUGGCAACUUUAAGCCUGGCGGACUUCAACUCCCAGAAUUCCCCAGCCAGCAAAGAUGGCUGGGGGAUUCUGGGAGUUGAAGUCCACCAGGCUUAAAACUGACAAAGUUAGAGACCCCUGGUUUAUAUGAUUCUCUGAUGCUUGUAACUGAAAACCACUCCUGCACCCAUUUUUAAUUGGGGAACAGGAGAGAAGGGUGGGGUUUUUUUAAAAAAAGAAAUAACACCAACAAUAAUACUUGGGGAGUUUGAGAAUUAGCUUUUCGUUCAAAGGAAGCCAGGAGAAAGCUCAUUCAGUUUCUAUUAUGGUUGCCUUCCUAGCCAAAAAGAGAUGGGUUAAAAAUAGAGGGGCAUUUUCCCCGGUUUUUGUGACAAAAAAAAAUGCAAUUAUAUAACUUUUUAAAAAAACCACGACCUCUGGAUGAAAAACCUGCCCAUCUCUUUAUUCUGGUCCAGCUAGAAUUUUGCUGUUUGUCACUAAAAGAAACAUCACGGCAAAAAUAAUCAUCAUUCCUUCCCCCCACCCCUACUUUUUUUUUCUUUUUAAACAAAAUAGGAUAGCUGGUUUCAAUCAAAGCUUGUAAUUCAUGUUGAAUUAUAGGGCGGUGGCGUGGAUGAAGAUGCUCCUUCUAACUUGACACAAUCAGGGACAAUUCUGUCGCCUCCAAUUUGGGUUGCACUGACUUUUCUGCCCUAAAGUUAAAUAAUGAAGUUUGCUUUGGGUGUGAACUCUGCUCUUCUAUGCCGGUUUGUUGGUUAACUUGAAGAUUGUAUAUCCUGGUGAGCUAACAUAGCCAUCAAUUCAGCCUCUGUAGGCUCAAGAUACUAGUUCUCAGUUUGAUAGUAGUCAGCUGACAAAACCAGCAAUGGAUCUUUGUGAGCCGGAAAACAGAAGGAAGAAUUAUAUAAAUAUACAUAUUUAUGUAUGUAUGUAAGAGAAGAGGAUGUGUAAAUAUGGGGAACAGUCAGAGUUGGGGUGUAAACAUUCUAUAAAGAUUUCAAGGUGCAUUGUUCAGCUUGCAAAAAACAACAACAACCAACCAACCAAUCCAGGACUACGUUAAUCACUUCAACUGUGAUUUUAUAUAUUCAUGUUGCUUUAUAUACAAUAAUCGUGGAAUGUUAAAUUUUAUGAAUGCAAUUGGCUCUUUUUUCAUUACAAUUUUUUUGACUUUUCUUUCGAAAUGAUCAAUAAACUUUGGUAUGUUCUGA